AUGGUCCUCAGCGACACUCCACGUGCUGGUUCGGAGGCCAUGGAGGACUGUGUGCAAGGGGCGCUCUCAUCGCUUUAUCCUCCCUUUGAGAGCACGGCACCCCCCCUACUCGUUCAGGUCUUUUCGGUCCUGGAGUCGACCUAUCAACACGACAGUCUUCGCUACCUCCUGGACUACUUCGUUCCUGCCAAGCACCUCCUGCACAAACUCCAGCAGCACGCCUGCUCUCAGUACCUUGGCUGCUUGUUCCUUCACUCCGGCUGGCCUCUGUGUUUAGGGGAGAAAGUGGUCGUCCAGCUGUCCACCCUGGACUGGAGGAUCCUGCGCAGUAAUGACUUCUACCUGCAGGUGGUGCCCUUCUCAACGCGCUGCCCCCGUCUGGCCUUAAAAUGUCUGGCCCCUGGGGGGCGCACCGUUCAGGAAAUCUUGGUACCCGAGUCACAGCACCCCCUUGUGUUCACCACUGAGUGGCUGCACAGCGUCAACAAAGAACGGGGCUACAAGAGAGAAGUUGGAGGAGGACUUGACACCUGCCUGGUCAGUACAUGUGAUGGUGUUGUUCGACUUCCGUGGAAGGAGGUUGUCUACCCAAAAUUCAUCCAUGACCCUUCUGAGGAGCUGGGCCUGAUGCCCAACCAUGAGGGCCCCACACCCAACCGCCUGCCCAGUGAGGGGGGCAGCAGCCUCGGGGGCUGGGGUGGCUCAUCUUCUGGGGAACUGGACUCCUGGUCCUGGGAUGAGGAGGAAGAUGAUGGUUUACCACCAGACGGCUUGGCCUCUGAGCCUGCACUUCCCCGGCGAAGGCGUAGCGAAGAUGGGCUCGGGCGAACAGCGAGGCACCCUCAGCUGGACGGGGACUAUGUGGAGUUGUUGGAGCCCAGAGUGGGUCCUGAUGGAGGGGUUGACACGAGGCAGAGGUACCUGGAGAUGCAUGGAAUUUGCAAGACGAAGACUUUGCCUCUGUGCAGGAGAGGUAAAGCUAUCAAACUCCGGAAGGGGAGAGCUUGGGGAUAUGGGAGACUGGAAGGGUCAGGAAGCUUUCGUGCUGUCCUUGGUGCCAAAAGAGACGUAGUUACCCCAAAAGGUGACAUUUUACCACCUCGGCCUCCACCAGUAGUCACUGAACCCGGCAGAGGGAGGCGGUCUUACUCCUCUUCUGUCCACGACUCUGAUGAAGGAGACAAAACAAGCAGAGACUCUGAAGGCCUGGAAAGCCACCAACUUUGUUUUGAUGGCCUUUUCAAAGAGAGGAGGCCCGGCGUGGGUAAGGAGAGAGAUAGCAAUGGCCACACACAGCCCUGCAGAGACAAUCACAAAGGUAAAGAUUCUGAGAGUGGCGACAGCUUUGUUGCAAACGAAAUCCAUGACUUGACGAACCACAAAAUUGGGCAUGUUAUAGAGGGCCACUCAGAUCAUGGAUCUCAUUCAGACUCUGUUUUCGAGGAUACAGAUAAACCACUGAGCGGAGACAGUGAUGCCACAACCCCAACAUCAGAUGCACCAGAGAGAUCAUUCACUGGAGUGUUACAAAGUGGAGAACUUACCAACAGUGGGUCUCAAAUGAAGAACUCAUCAAACCCAAAGGUGACAGAGGAAAGGGAUGACAGAAAGACGGAGGACAGAGUUUGUCCCAGAGGAAAGGAAGUUAAAACCGCAGGAUUCAGGGCGCCAAGGAGGAAAAGGAAGGGAAAGGGGGCCAAAGGUAGGGCUAGGUCUGGUGGUCGAACACCCCAGAAAGGAUCAAAACAUCAGGGUAAAGCUGCUCCACCAAGUCCCACCACCUGCUCUGCUCUGACAAAGCUGCCAACCACAGAGGACAACCAAAGAAAACAGGCAGAUGAACCUGACGGAGUGCCCCCUUCAACUAAUGAAGGGACAGCGGACACGAGGAAAAGAAGUGCAGAGAAAGAAGCCGAACCUUUGCCUGUCUGCAAUGGCCAAUCAGGCACAUCCUUACUAAACCACUCUAAUGAGGAGGCAGGGUCAGGAGAGACAUGUCCGGAUCAAAUACAUGCUGUAACAUCUAAAGUGCCUCCCCUGCUGAAGGAACUGGACACAGAGCUCCUGCAGUCAGGGAAGCUGAUGUUGACAGGUACAGUGGACAGGCUGGGACGCGCUCUGGUUGUCACGGAGAUGGACGGAUCAGAGGAGAGCUUCUCUGAGGAGGAGAUGGCCCGGGUCUUGGCCUGCUACCACAGAAUCACUCGGCCUGCAGCCAAAGAAAAGGGUCUCACAGUAUUAAUGGACUGCAGACGCGCUCCACCCUCCACCCUCGGCUUCUCUGCUCUUAAAUUGUUCCAGGUGUUGGUUCCUGGCGGCCUUGGAUCCGUUCUGGUUUUAGUGGAAGAGCAGCAGGAGUCCCUUUCUCAUAAUGUAGAAGGAGCCGAGAUCCACAUGGUGCGAGGAACAGGGGUCCUUCAGCAAUAUGUUGACAAGCAACAGCUGCCCAAAGAGAUGGACGGAGACUUCACCCACUGUCACUCAGACUGGCUGGCCUUCAGACUAAGUCUGGAGAGUCUGACAGAGCGUUGUGAGAGUGCCCUUACACUCCUCGGAGAAGCACUGCAGGCUAUGGAGACCGAGCCAAUGCCAAACAACAUCAAGGCUGUUCCUCUGAGCAUUGACAAACACAGACAACUGAUGGCGAGCGUCCUGGCCGACCAACGCUUAACUGAACCACAGCAAAGGGGCGGGGCCUGGCUCGCGGGACUGACCAAUAGUGCAACUGGACUGGCACACAAGUCAGCAGACUGCAGGGCUGCUCUUGCAGCGACCUCUAAACUCUACGACAGCGUGGAUGACGCCCUCCAUCGGCUCGUCCGAUUGUCCAACCAGAGAGGUCGGGACCUGGAAGCUCUGGGACGACUAGCGGGGCUGGUGGACAAACUGGAAAAGUGUGAUAAGGAGAUUGAGCAAGUGCAGUCACAGCUGGAAGACUACAAGGACCCUCCUCUGUCCCUCAGCAGACUCUCGCUCAAACAGCAGAAAUUCAAGACGUUCAGAGAAACAGCCAAUGAGCUGCACAGCGAGACUCUGUCAGUGCUCAGCAAUUUGGAGGGCUGGUGCGAGUUGGACUGGGCGGGCCUAAGCGACGUCCAGAUCCGACUUCCUCCGGUCAGGGAGAAACUGAGAGACAUGUCUCACUGUCUGUCUGAUUGCUGGACCACCCUGGAUAACACACAGAGGCUGCUGUCCACAUUGACCGAGGCCACCCAGUGGUGUGAGGUGGUCUUCUCCACCUCCUCCUCCCCCUCUUCCUCUUCUUCCACCUUCCCUCUUGCCUCUCUCCCCCCGAUUCCCCCGUCCCGUUUCCAGGACGCUCGCUCCUUAGCCAUAGAGCUGGGUGGCGGGGCGCUCCUUGAUCUCUGGACCCAGACGGUAGAGCGCUACCAGCGUACCGUAGCGCAGGUUAAACCUCGCUUCCUCCAGCCUGACAGGGCCCAGAAUCAGGGCCAGGGGAGGCCAAAGACGCCAUCUGCCACCAGCCUGUGGGACGUAAUGGGUUCUGAGGGAGAGGGCGACUGGGGACUGGGAGCUGGAGGAGGCGAGGGGGGGCUGCAGUCCUGGGGAUCUCUGGCAUCGCUGUUCAGGCCGCAGACCUGCUCUACGCUGAAGAUAGGAGAGGAGAAAGGGAAUAAGAAAGAGGGAGCAGGGGGAGGGGGAGCAGGCGGUGCUGGAGGAGGGAAGUUCCUGCAGAAUCUUCUGAAUCCUGCAAAGAAGAGUCCCACAGAGGCCCCGCUCCCUCCAAAGCCCCCCAGGAAGCGCCACCCAAGCUUUGACCUCCAGGCUCUUCUGGUGCCCCGCAGAGGCACGCCUACCCCUAAAUCUGAGUCCCCGGUGGGUGGGGCGAGCCGUAACUCCCCCAUGUCCUGGCUGGGGAGACGGACGGCAGCUGACCCAGUGAUUGCGACUAGCAUGGCUGCAGCCAUCCCUGGUUGGGGAGGAGGAGGAGGAGGAGGAGGAGGAGGAGGGGUGUUAAUUCGAGGGGUGGAGGUCAGCAGCAAGGAGGUGGUGGACCACACUGGCUCGCCACGGCAACACGUGCUGCUAGGGAGGACUGAGAGGGAGACAGGGACAGACAGGGCCGGAUCAACUGCACAGAGUAAGCUGUACCUGCUCUGGUGUAGGAUGCUGAGUUCAGAGAGGCAGUACGUGGCCGUCCUGAAGGGGGUAGAGGAGACAUACCUCCCCUUACUGGAGCUCUCAGACACCCCGGCCUCCAUCAGGGGGAAGGUAGACACCCUCUUCCCCAACUGGGCCAGCCUCAGCACCUUUCACUCGCAGAACCUACUCCCGGCUAUGGAGGGCGCUCUUUUGCAGAGCUUGUUGCAACAGGACUGCUUCAGCAAAUACCGGGAGCAGUUCCUGCAGUACUCCCACUACAUCAGGAGUAAACCAGAACUGGACUCUCCGCUGGUCACACAGGCUGCCGACUUCUUUAAGUCCAAACUCCCCCCAGCCUCCCCCCUCUCCCCCCUGUCUUUCCCUCACUGUCUUCAGGCUCCCACUCAGAGGCUGGAGCAGUACUGCGAGGCCUUAGAGGAGCUGGGAGGGAUAAACCCCGCCUCCGACUCCGCCCUCUCCAUCCUGAGACACGCCCAACAGCAUGGCCAGGACCUCAGGGCCAGCGACCUCAUCGGCGGAUGUCCGAUCCCAGUGGUCGAGCGCGGCGAGCUGGUACGUCAGGGCGAGCUGACGGUGUGCGGGGGGGCUCGCAGGAAGCGGGCCGGCGUGAGAAACGUUUUCCUCUACCAGCACGUUGUCAUCUUCACUAAACAGAAGAGCCCCAGCCCGGGACUCACCGCCUACAGCUACAAACACAGCAUCAAGACCAGUGAGAUGGGUUUGACUCAGAGCGUGGGUGGGGAGGGAGUGAAGUUCGAAGUUUGGGUCCGACAGGCUCCUCGAACCAGAGACUGCAUCACGCUGCAAGCCAAGGACAGGGAAGACAAGGCAGCCUGGACUCAUGACAUUGCCCAUCUGCUGUGGACACACGCCAUAAACAACACAGAGUUGUGUCUGAAGGAGUCACUCUGCAUGGGAAUUUCUAGUAAGCUGCUGCUGGAUGCGACAGGAACUCAAGUCUCAGAACUGGACUCUAUCUACAGUCUCAAUGACAGAGUCCACAGUAGCUGCUCAGACUCCUCCUCUGUCGGCAGUCAGAAGGAAGGGGGAUCCCCGGCGUCUGGAAGGGACCCCAGGAGAAGCUCCGGAUCAACAAGUUACUCCCAGAGUCAGUCUCCCUCUACAGCCGUGUAACCGUCAUCUCAAUAAGAAAACUGGACCCUGGACUGAAGAUUUCAACAUCUCUAUUCCACCCCUGGGCAAGCCCAACUGGACUUUGAGGAGCAAGAAAACAAAAGAGAGACCCUCAGUCUAUUUGAACUUCUCUUAUAUGCUUGCUAACCUUCCCUCCCCCCCCCCUACCCCCAUUCACCUACUUAAAACAAUAAAUGACAGCUGAUUAGCUGGAGCAGAGCUGCCCUGCAUUCCCCGUGUUUAACACCCCCCCCCCCGCCCGAAGAAAGCUGCCUCCAAAAAAGGAUCCAAACUGCCCUGUUUAGACCAUGACAAGCACCAGCAGGGCUCUCUGUGCUCCGCCAUUUUGGAUCUGCCAGUCUCAGUUGCUGGCAAAGUCAUUGACACCAAAGGCACUUCAGCCACACAGUGUGGCCAUUGUCUGCCCCGCGGCUCCCCGCUAGGCCAUACCACUUGGUCUGAACCACUGAUUGCCUGGCUGGCUGGUUGCCUGUACGCAUCACAUGCUCCAGCAUCUGACAAUAAACAGGAAGUAAUAUGCGGGGCUUAAAUCCACUGUAGGAUUGCAGAUUUAGAAUGUAUUAUGUACUUUGUCAUUUUCAUAACGCUGAAUGGAGUACUGUAGGCUUUCCCCCCCCCCCCCCCCCCCCUGCCUGUGUAAAAAUGUGUGGCAUAGGCUAGGUGUGAUUGCAUCUAUGUAAAUGAGGCAGGGGUGGUGUGAGCAUGCACACACAUACACACAAACACACACAGUGUCCUUCAACACAUGCAGUCAUUCUUAUUGUUUAUAAGACAGUGGAGCUCUAUUCACAUCCACAUGCUCACACACACAGUCACUCUGGCCAUUUUAGAGCCUGGUACAGCGACUAAAUCAACAUCAGGCAAGGUUACAUCUGAUCACACACAGUAAGCAUUGCCUUGAUAUUGAACGGGAACGUCUUACAAAAUCAUAUCCAUAUGUUUGUUUAAGCUAAUGGUGUUGCAUUAACAGUGGCAAGGACUUAUUUAACCUUCUUUAAAGUAUAACUUAUGUCAGCAACAUGAGCUUCUUGGUGCCUUAUACGUACUGAUAAUGAAUUUAAAACUAUUAUUUUGAUAUAAGUUCCAUAUUCUGUGUGCCAAAGGUAUAAAUAAUGGGUGUCUGUGCAAUGUUGCUGCGUGUGUACAAAGACGUAUUGUUGUUACAUUUAGUUUGAGCUUUCCUGGUCUCCAUAAAAUGGAGAGAGGUGGAUCUGUUUGAUGUGCUAUAUUCUGGCUCUGCUGGGUUUUGUGCUUGCGAUCAGAAGACAUGAACUACAUGUUAAUUCUUAAAGAGACAAUUUACUCAAAUCUGACUUCUACUGUAGGAAACUUUUCUUCAUUUGACCAACAACCUAGAUGCCCCCAAAUGUUACUUUUUAGCUUCUGCUUGUGAAUUUUUGAGUUUCAAGAUCACAGUUUGAAGAGGUCCUUAGUGAUGUCUCUAAAGCCGAUUGGCAUUGUGAUGUCAGGGGAUUGCUUUAGAUCAAAGGUGUCAAGCUCAACUUUACCAAGGGUCACCCUGGACAAUAAGAAUCACAUCAAGAGCCAGACCUAACGUUUAUAUAGACUUUAUUUUUUACUGCUUUUAUUUAAGAGAAAAGACAAAUAUUUGACUAUAUUUCUGCAUGUCUCAUAUAGUCCUCUCACUCAUAGUUUGAUUGACAUAAAGCCCUAACAAAGUCAGCAAUAAAUUUCCUUAGCCAUCCUUGGAAAAAAAACUCCAACUAAGGUCGGGGGAAAAAAAGCGCCAAAAUGUCAAAAAAACGGCAAAGCGCCAAAAAACUGGGGCCAAAAGUGACAAAAACUACAGAAAACAAUUACAUAAAUUAGAUGGGCCAAAAUUUAUUAGGAACCAAAAUUGAUAUGCGGGCCUGAUCAGAGUCUGCAUGGGGCCGGAUUUGGCCCCCGGGCCUUGAGUUUGACACGCAUUUAGGUUAACUUUUUAAGGAAUAGUUCGACAUGUUGGUAAAUAUUCCUAUUUGUUGUUUUGACAGGAAUUAGAUGAGAGGAUCCAUAACAAUCUCAUGUCCGUACAAUAAGGAGGAAGAUGCAACUAGCAGCUUAGCUUAGCAUAAAGAGUUGAAACAGGGAAUCAAUGACAACAAAAACUACCUACCAGCACCUCUAAAUAUCCCUAAUCUGUUUGAAAAAAUGUCAAGUUGCGGUUUAAUUACGGGAUCCUGUACCGGACUAUUUUUUUUCUUGAGGUUGUCAGUUAUGAGUCCCCUAUGAAGCUAUACUCGUCAUUAUUCACAAUUUUCUGUUGUAUGAAUUAAAGAAAUGAGAUAUAACGUGAUUUUUAAUGGACUUUUGAGGUGCUGGUAGACUUAUUAUGUUACCUCUAACUCUUGCAAAGAAGUGCAUUUCCCAAACCUUCCCUUUACAGAUAUCAAAUCUCAAGACUAGGGAACAGGCUUUAUGAAAAAAUAACUUCCACUCAGGCAGACUAACACGUGGGUCCACUAAUAGAAAUACAUGUUACACUUCUAUGAGAUGACUAUUAGAUUCUAUUUGAAUAUGUAGGCCUACAAAAUGACGCACAACUUAUCUGGCACUUGUCCUUUUUAUGUUAUGACUCAGACAACACAAAAAGCAUCAAUAUUUCAUAUAAUGAUGUAUAGUUCAUAUUGUAUGGCAGCAAGCCUACAGCCAGUAAAACCAACCAUCAUCCACUCUUCGGUUUGAUUAGAUAGCAUGUGCAUCACGAUCAAACGAGAUCAUGCUUGAGGUACAAUAUGAAGCAAUCGGGGAGCGGAAGCCAGCAGCCGGAGGUCCAGCUUGCAUCUGCAGACAGCAGCAGCAGAUUGUUGGCGUUAUCAGAUUUAGCCCAUUUCAUAUCUGCAUUCAAAUUCAAAAAUUGCAAAUGGAUAUUGAGCCGUUUCUAAAUCAAUAUGUAAUUUGUUGGCGUGGAGAAGGCCCGUCCACUAGAUAGCCUUUAGCUGUUUGGUACAUUGCGUUAUAUUGGAAGCAAUGUAAUGAACACCAUCUUUCAUUCUUACUGCAAUAUAGAUUGUCAUAUGCAGAAUCCCUGACUUUUGUAUGCCGUGGCGAGGCAGUAUUAAUGUCUAGAAACUUUCCCCUUGCCCUUUUCUACGACACACUCUGCCUGAUGUUUACAUUUUUUUUGAAAAGGAAUGUGGAAUGUUGGAAAUGCAUGUUGUGCUUACUUGAUAAUUGUACUGUUUUUUUUUUUUUACUUUUCUGUGUUGAAUUAAAACUGGAUGCAAGUUC